UCAUCUCUGUCAGUUUGUCUGAAAAGAACAUCAAUGGAGUCGAAGCUACUUGGGCAAUCAUUUCCUUCCAUUCUGAACCAGAAUGCUGCGAAAUUUGCAACACCCAAAUCCCGUUUCACACAGAGAACAACUCUCAAAGUCGUGGGUUCGAACUUUGGUGCAAAUGUGUCUCCCUCUCUGCGAGUUUCCUCACCUUCAUCAGCCAUAAGGUUUUCAAAGAAGCAAAGGAUGGAUGAGAGUGAGACCCUGACCCUCAAGAAUAUAAGACACUCCUUAAUUCGACAGGAAGAUAGCAUAAUAUGCAGCCUUUUGGAGAGAUCUCAGUAUCGUUACAAUCAAGAUACAUAUGAUAAACAUGCAUUCUCCAUGGAAGGAUUUCAUGGGUGUUUGGUUGAGUACAUGGUCAGAGAAACUGAAAAGCUCCAUGCUCAGGUGGGCAGAUACAAUAGUCCAGAUGAGCACCCCUUCUACCCACAGCAUCUACCAGAACCAAUGCUGCCACCUCUGCAAUACCCAAAGGUUUUGCAUCCCUGUGCUGAUUCAAUUAAUAUAAACGAUAUGAUUUUGACUGUGUACUUCGGAGAUAUUCUACCAAGAUUGGUGCAAAUGGGAGAUGAUGGUAACUAUGGGUCUACUGCUGUUUGCGAUACAAUCUGCUUGCAGGCACUUUCAAAAAGAAUUCACUAUGGUAAGUUUGUAGCAGAGGCGAAAUUUCGAGAAUCCCCUACAGCUUUUGAGGCUGCCAUCAAAGCACAAGACAGCUCUCGUUUGAUGGAGUUGCUGACAUAUGAAACUGUGGAAGCAGCAGUGAAGAAGAGAGUGGCAAUGAAAACCAAAGCAUAUGGUCAAGAGCUAAACCAGACUGAUGAUACAGCACAUGCAGAUCCUGUAUACAAAAUCCAGCCAAAUCUGGUUGGCUAUCUCUAUGACAAUUGGAUCAUGCCCUUAACAAAGAAAGUUCAGGUUGAAUACCUGUUGAGGAGGCUGGACUGACCAACAAGGGAAAAGAAACCACAUCAUUUUCUGAACAUCAGUAUCUUUUAUCAGGUUAAAUUACAUCGUUUCCGAGUUUCAUAGCACAGCUUUCUCAGCAAAUCUCCGUUAGUUAUGUUCUUCAUAAGAAAUGAAAACGUUUUCGAAUCAGAGAAGCUCUUCCCUUCUACAGCACACCAUCAGGCAGCAAAUGCUAGCUGCAAGCCAGUGUUGCAUCCACAUUCGGUUCAGAAAAGACAGCUUCUCUACAGUAGAUUUUCUUUUCAGUUUAUAUUUACAACAGUGAAAACUUUGUUAAAUGGAUGUCAUUUUCAACUUUUGAGCUGGAAAUUGAAUGAAACUUGAUCCCCACCAUGUGAGAUUGCUUCUUUAG